UUAACCCACUGGGAUUGUGUUUCCCCCCCUGCCCUCCUUAUCUCUCGCCUUUUGAGACGCAUACUCAAUGCUGCAGCCAUCAUUUACUCACACAACACACAGGAAAGGCGCAGCCGGCAAAGAAAUCUUUCCAACAAAGGAGACGUGUAGGUGGCAAAGGACAAGAACAACUCGAGGUGGCAAGUAUUUACAGUUUGUCAGAACUGACAGAUAACCCCUGAGACCCUGCAAGCUCCUCACCAUGGGAAAUACCACCAGCAGCGCCAUAUCCAAGGAGAUCCUGGAGGACCUCAAGCUCAGCACCAAAUUCACUGAAACUGAGAUCUCGCUGUGGUACGAGAACUUUCAGAAGCAGUGCCCGACGGGACGGAUAACACCGGAAGAGUUUGAGCAGAUCUACAGCCGCUUCUUCCCCGACAGCGACGCCAAGACCUACGCGCGCCACGUGUUUCGUUCCUUCGACACCAACGACGACGGCACUCUGGACUUCAAGGAGUACAUCAUCGCGCUGCACAUGACGUCCACCGGGAAGACGACGCGGAAGCUGGAGUGGGCCUUCUCUCUGUUCGACGUGGACAAGAACGGGUACAUCAACAAGACAGAAGUGACGGAGAUCUGCCAGGCCAUAUUUAAGCUGAUCCCCAAGGAGGAGCAGAGCAAGCUACCGGAGGACGAGAACACACCCGAGAAAAGAGCCAACAAACUGUGGGCCUACUUCGAAAAGAAAGACAACGGGCGACUGGCUGAAGGCGAGUUCAUCAAAGGAGUGACUGAAAAUGAGAAUGCGAUGCGUCUUAUCCACUACGAACCGAUUGCAGAGUAAAGUCAUCCCGACUUUGCCGACUGUCAUUAUAUCCUUCCAACGGUCUUCCUCUCCCAUCCACUCUGAUCCGCUCAACCCCUUUGCUGUAAAUACUCUUUUCUGCAGUGUCGUUUAUUAUGGCGUAGUGUUUAAAACGUGUGUACAGAUAAACAGAUGAUUUACGGUGACUAUCAUUGGUACAAAGAAAACGUUAAUUGAUAAUCCUUAAAAUGGAUUGAGUUUGAUAUUGGCUUGGGGGAAAUUAAUGUUAGACAACUAUGAUUGAUGACAGUAUCGUACUUGAUUGUUAGGUUGUUCUUUUUUUUUACAGGACUGGAAAUGUCUUAAUAGGUUGUAGUUCUUAAGGGAUAUUUACUGUAUUUACUGAUAUUUACUGUAUAUUUACUGUAAAAUCGAUUAAAGGUUUUCUCAUAAGUC